AUGACUGAGUUUGAGAAUUGCAACAACAGUGCAACACCCAACAUGUAUCUGCCUGGCUGUGCUGCUGCUGCUGCUUACUAUGUGUCUCCAUCGGAUUUCUCCAGCAAGUCUUCGUUCCUGUCCCAGUCCUCCUCCUGCCCUAUGACUUUCUCCUAUUCCUCCAAUUUAACUCAUCAUGUGCAACCUGUGAGGGAAGUGGCAUUCAGGGAGUAUGGCAGCAAGUGGCAGUACAGGGGCAGCUACCCUUCCUAUUACCCCAGUGAGGAUGUCAUGCACAGGGACCUCAUCCAGCCUGCCAACAGGAGAUCGGAUAUGUUAUUCAAAUCGGACUCGGUGUGCAACCACCAUGGACCCUCCAGUGCCACAUCCAACUUCUACAACUCAGUGGGGAGGAAUGGCAUCCUACCGCAGGGCUUUGACCAGUUCUAUGACACCAGCCAAAGCUCAUCCUACCAGCAGGAGAUGGAGGAGCAGCCUGCAAAGUCUGAACUCAAAGCCUCCAACCCAAACAGCAAAGUGACCUCUGCACAGGACAAGAAAGUGACAAGUCAGGAUAGCCCCGAAUCCCCUUCUCCUGGGGGGGAAGCUGCAGCAGACAAGAGCAACACUUCAGCUUCCCAGCGACUUAGGAAAAAGAGGUGCCCUUAUAGCAAGUACCAGAUCCGAGAGCUGGAGCGGGAAUUCUUCUUCAAUGUCUACAUUAACAAGGAGAAGAGGUUACAGUUGUCCAGGAUGCUCAACCUCACUGACCGCCAAGUCAAGAUCUGGUUCCAGAACCGUAGGAUGAAAGAAAAGAAACUCAAUAGGGAUCGAUUGCAAUACUUCACGGGGAACCCACUUUUUUGAGAGGAGCCUGCACAAUUUCUAUUAAAACAAGAUACUUUGGGGAUCCUUAUUAUCAUUGUACUUGCACCAUGAUAUCUUGAGAGGAUUUCCAGACCUCUGGAGGAUGCCUUCUUGGUAAGGAAAGGGUCUACAAAAAAAAAAACGUCACUUACACAAUGCAGCCAUUGGUGUGAUUUUUUUUUCCCUUUUCUCCCCUUCCCUGAAUCUAUACUAUAGUAUACACUAUAGAGUGACUGCAACCAACCUGGGUGGCUCCCACCUCCAGUGACUACACCACACAUUUACUUAAACGAAUGCAGCUUUAUCACACAUACAUAUAUAUACGUCCUUACAUAUAUAUGUAUGCAGACAUGUGCACGACAAUGAUGUUCUCUUGUG